CUACCCUCGGAUACAUGCACCUGCUGCAACAGGAGAAAAAAAAAGAAGUACAUCUUUUCCUCAGCCUGUAAACACGUCUCAAGGGUUUGACCUCUGACCACACCGCGGUGGGCAAAAGCUUGGAAGCAACAGCACGGCAUCAUGGGACUAGGUAGAAGAAGUGAAGACAAAAUAUUUGAGAAUGUCAAGACAUUGGCUUAAGGGGGCUGCGAAACACCCGUGUCCAUCGUUCCUCAUUAUUGUCAGAGCAGACAGUUUUGUGACAACAUUCAGUUCUAAAUCCUUUGCACUAAAUUCUAAUUAAGAAUGAACGCCGCGCAUAUUCGGCUAGAGGAAAGACUCAUUAUUUACCCGGCUGUUAGUUGUGUUAGCGACUAUGAGUGAGAGAGACCUUGGGACUCCAACAGACACCACCUAGAGGCUGUCCCGAAUUGUUAGGAGUUGUAUAAAUUUCCCCUCACAUCCUGGUCCUCCAGGACUGGUGUCAUUGCUAAUGUAAUGCUUGUCAUGGCAAGCAUGACAGCUGCGGAGGAGUCGGCAAGUGACUGUACCACACCAAUAGUAAAACCGCUGCCAUUUAAACCCUCUACAACCUCCACAAAUGACCCUAGUCAUGGACAUGACAGCACUUCUUGCCCUCCACCACCGCCUCCGCCUCCUCCACCUCCACCCCAGGCUCAACCGCAUGCUUCACGCAAGAAACGACGGGUGCGGAGCUUCUUCUGGAAAACCAUUCCAGAAGAGAAGGUUCGGGGAAAACCCAACAUUUGGACUCUAGCAGUGAGACAGCAGCAGUAUCAGAUAGACGUGAGGACAGUGGAGGAGCUCUUUGGCCAGCAAGAGGAGGUUCGAACCCAGACAAGCAGUGGACAUCCUCGUCCUGGGAGAUCCAGAGGUUCAUUUAAGGAGAGCAAGGAUCAGAUCAGCAUCUUGGACUCCAAGAGAGGAAUGAACAUUGGGAUCUUCCUCAAACAGUUCAAGAAAUCCAAUCAUGCAAUAGUAGAAGACAUUCGUCUGGGCAACAGUAAGCAAUAUGGAGCAGAACCGCUGAAAGAACUGCUCAAACUUCUACCAGAAGCACAGGAGGUGAAGAGAUUGCGGGAAUUCAAAGGAGACCCAAAUAAGCUGACUCUGGUCGAUUCCUUCAUGUUCCUGCUGAUUCAAGUGCCAUGCUAUGAAGUGCGUAUUGAGGCUAUGGUACUUCAGGAAGAGUUCCUCCCGUCCUGUGCGGUCAUGAAUCAUGAGAUUAACAUCGUGCAUCGUGCUACUGAAGAACUAAUGGCUUGUGAAGAGCUCCAUGCCAUUCUACACUUGGUUCUCCAAGCGGGAAAUAUCAUGAAUGCAGGUGGCUACGCAGGCAAUGCUGUGGGCUUCAAUCUGUCCUCGCUUCUCUCUCUGGCUGACACGAAGGCCAACAAACCUGGCAUGAACCUGCUUCAUUUUGUGGCACUAGAAGCGCAGAAGAAGGAUGAGGCCCUUUUGAAGUUCCCAGAGAAGCUAACGCAUGUUCAGAGUGCAGUCAGAAUUUCAGUAGAAAAUAUAGAAGGAGAGUUUUCCUCUCUCUAUGUCAAAACACGGUCCUUGGAGCAGAAGAUUCAGGAUGACGGUGAGCUGCAACAGCAGCUAGAUCCAUUUUUGCAGAGCUCUACACAGGCCCUGCAGGACCUUAAACAUCGCAGGCUGGACUUGCGCAAGGAGGGUAAUGCCCUCAUCGACUUCUUCUGUGAAGACAAAGACACCUUCAAACUGGAUGAGUGCUUUAGAAUUUUCCAAGAUUUCUGUCUAAAGUUCAAAAAAGCUGUAAAGGACAACCUGGACAGGGAACAGAAAGAGGAAGCUAGACAGCGGCGCUUACAGGAACUGGAAGAGAGACGGUGUGCCUGGGGUGCAGCCAAUGCUGAGGCGGGUGGUAGUGGAGGUUUUGGUCGCAGCAGCAGCGAAAAUGAUGUUGACAUCCUAACCAAAGAAGGCCUCCUGGACUUCCUGCUUCAAUCAAGACCUCAAAGCCCCCACAGUCCUUUGGGGCGCUCGGCAAGUGCCCGCCGUUACCAUCACACAGAGUUGAUCUCUGCGUCUGCAGCAAGUGACUAUACAAAAUUCAGCAGCCUGCCACGUUCAGGCAGGAACCAUCAACGAAAGACCAUGGCAUGGCUUCUCUUACAGGAUGAUAAUAGGGAGCUGGGUCCACAAAGUCAGGCUUACCAAGAGAAGCUAGCUUCUUCACCAAAGGCUGAGACAGAACCCAUCAGUCCUUUAGCUAGAUACUCAAGUUUUGGCUACAACACGAACAAUGAUCCCUACCAUAAUAAUAAUAAUUACACUUCUCUCUCAGAAGGUGGAGUUACACCUCGAAUAAGUAACACAAAGCACGGGACAUCUGGUCAAAGUGUUGGACACAUGAGUGUCUCUGUGGAGAAACACAAACUAGUUCCAGGCCUUCAACCCUUUGAGAUAACCAGUCAGAUCAAUAAUAACAGUCAUGUUUCUGUGGAUAACCAGCGUGAAGUGUUUGUAACAGAUCUGGAAAGAGAUGAAGACUCUCCAAAAGCAUUUGUCCUUGAUACACCCCCAUCCAGUCUGAGUUCUGAGGAGGGACCUAAACCAGAAAAAUUAUGGAAUGACAAAAUGAUCUCAUCACAGAGAGAGGAAGCAGACUCGAGUACUUUUUCCUCAACAACUUGUGACACCCCAUUGCCUCUGGAUCCCCCUGUUUCCGGUAAGAAACCUGUGUUGUAUGCUAUGGACUGCACUGAGACGGAUUGUUCCAUUGUGUUGGACUGUUCCGAGAUUGAGAGUUCUCCUCUCAUAAAAGAAAGAUCUGAACUUAACCCAAAGCCACAGGAAGCCAACUUUCGAAGAGUUAUUCAGGACACCAAUUCCCUUUCCUCCAAUUUUGAGUCCACCGAUUGUCACUUUGUGUCCACAUCAAGUGAUGAACCACUCGUGGGAAGGGUCAAUCGAGCAUGUCCAGAAUCCGUCAGUCCAUCGGUAACCACUGAGGAAGCAGAGACAGAUAGCUGUGACACAGCUGAAGGGCGAAGAGUUGGCGAGAAAGCAUUUCAGACCGGUAGCCCCAAAGCAACACUUGUCAAAACCAAGAUUCCAUCCAAAGCAAUUGCUCAUGCCAGCUGUCCGACAAGAGCCCUCACAGCAACUGAGACCCAGAACAUGCGCAAAGUGGUGCCCAUUACAAGGCAGAAUCGAUCUAGUAGCAGCAUGAGGAAAGUCGAAAAACCUCCCGGACAUGAGAAUAUUGUACCCAGAUGUCCAAUUCGUGACCAAAGCAUGCCAGCCAGGAGAGGCGAGAGGCAAGGUAGAACUACACGACAUUCAAGUCUCCCUCCAGAGGAUCCCAGGGCACCAAGAGGAGCGACGCCAAGCUCCUCUUGGUGGGCGAGGGACUCGACUCAACACAGACCUUCCAUCAAGAAAACGAAUGCCAAAACUGUUCGUAACAUUUCAAAACCAGCACCAGAGGAAAAGAUGUGUCGUUCUGCGAUGCGCGCCUUGGCCCUAGCUCAGGCCCAAGGAACCUCAGAAGGAGGAACACCUGACGGUCCCAGCAACACCCCGAAAAGUUCUUUGCCUUUGCCUAGCUUUGCUCGCAACACUGUGGCAUCUUCUUCCAGAACUAAAAAAGACUUGCCCUCACCUGCUGUAACAGGAACACCAUCAAAGAGCUUAUCCAGGAGUAGCUCUCAGAGAUUGCCUGGUGGUAGAACGGACUCUGUCAGUAGCGGACCUUUGCCAAGGAGUGGGGAUAAACCUAUUAGGAGGGUUCAGAGUGUAAGGGCCUCCAGUCGAAUCAGUGAGACACCUCCUUCACAGUCUGGACAAGAGCGCUCUCUUAAAAGUAGCAGUUUCUCAGAGAGAUCCAUACAGAUUAGAGACUCCAUCUCGAGCAGGACCAACAAACCCACAUGGAAGUAGAGUGAACAUAUUACACAGUGGCUCUAAAAACACUGUUAAACAAGGAUGAUCAAAAUUUUCUGCAUAUAGUGAAGAGGCACAAAAGCCUCUUAAAUGAUUGUGAAUGUAUCUGCAGCCUUUAAAAUGUAGCUGAAGUUGUGUCGCUGGAUGCUCAGUCAAGCAGAAAAUAUACUUUGGUUUUUAUGUGAGUGUGUGUGACGCAAAUUUCUUCACCAGAAUAAGUAAGCACACCAACUGAUUUUUGUAACCGUGCGAAUUUUACGCGCAGGUUGUACAUGCGCAUUGAAUUUGUUUUGCA